AUGGCAACUCCUAUGAAAUCAGGUACAAGAAGUUCGGAAAAAAGCGCUGCUCCAAGUGCUAAAACAAAGAAGAAGAAGGAAGAAGAAGAACGUAAAAAACGUGAAGAAGAAGACGCUCGUAUAAAAGCUGAAACAGCAGACAAGGAACGUGCUGAAAAUGAAAAACGUAUCGCACAAGAAAAAACCAGUUUAGCCAAAGAGAUCAAUGAACUUCGUCGUCGGGAAUUGACGGAAUUCUAUGAAUUUAUUAAACCUCGUCGACAAGAAGCGCAUGAAAUUAAAAUAAAACAACGAGAAGCUUUCAAGUGGAAGCGUGUGCUGCAAUGUGAUGGGACACCAGAUCCCACUGUACUGCCAGAAAUCAAUACGUACAUGUCAUUGUGGCGAGAUGAACAGAAAAAUACAGCUAUCGAAAAUACAAUGGAUCAAACAAAUCUAGUACUAUCGUUGAUCAAUGAACUGAAUACAGUUAUUAAUUCAAUUCCAAAUGGUACACAAGAAGUUGACCGCAUUCCAAUUUACAAACAGACUAUUCGUGAACUAGAAGAUAUGUUACAUGCUAAAUGGUUGCAAGCCGCUCACGACAUUAUGUUGAAGGCAACGGAUUUACAAGAUUUAGAGACAAACAAUUUUCAAUAUACAGCGGAAAAUCAAAAUGUGACACUUUGUGUAUGGGCUAAUCUAAGUCAUAAUCCAAGAAUGAAACCUUUUACUUUUGAUAAAUGUAAUUUUACUUUCGAACUGCCAAAACCAUUAUUGUUAGCAAAUGUAGCUAUUGUGGGACUAUUCUUGAAGUAUGAUUAUUAUUCUGAACGAUCAUUAUUAUCAAAAUGUCGAACAAAAGCACCAGAAUAUGAAUAUGAUCCUAUACCAGAGCCUCUUGUCGAGGAAACGCCACCUGAUGACGACGAACGAAAACUUACUAAUGAAAAUUCAUUUGAUGCAAAUUUACCACCAGAAUUAAGAAAAUUAAUGGAACAAACGAAACAAAGAGAAGAGGCUGAAGCUAUGUUGGCUAGAGAUGCAACAUCUGAACAGUCAGCCGUAGUAUCUGAAGAAGAAAAACUUGGUAAUCAACGUUCAACAACUGAAUUAAAUAGUCCAAAAUCUGUCUCAAAUCAAGAUAAAUUAUUUAAUAGUACAGCCGAUCAAAUUCUUGAAGAACUGGCUGACGAAGCAGUUGUGGAUUUGCGUUCACAUUGGCCGCUGCUACCAAUAUUGAAAAUUGAUUUGUAUCAUAUUCCUCCUCAACCAAAAAAAUUACAAGAGUGGACCAUUGUUCAAGUUGAUAAUAGUGAUAUUCUCGUUCAAUAUCCAUAUCCAAGUGAUCCAAUGAUAGCACAAAGCUUUUAUGAAGAUUUUGUUAACAGUAAAAAUAAAUCAUCAGAUCAUUCAACGAAAAAAGAUGACGAUAAAAAUACGAAAGAUCCAGAAGACACAUUCAUAGAUCCAUCUGCGACACUUGAUGCGACAUUGAUUGAAAAUAAUCCGGAAAUACGAAAGAUGUUUCUAGCAGCUGCAGCCAAAAAUGAAACACCUCUGAUUAUUAAAUUCAAAAUUCCAAAUAAUUUAUUUGUAACGGAAAAACCUCUACUUGGUCGAUGGAUAACGGAGAAAAAACAUUGGAGACAGGAAGGCUAUGUAGAUUAUCAAUAUUUGCCAGAUACUCGUAUGAUAUCAUUUAAAACGUAUGACUUGGGCACAUAUGCUUUACUGAAUGAUCGUCAUGCUCAUAUGCCGUUUCAAUCAUGGAGAAUGCGUCCAAGAGGAAUUGAUCAUGUCAAUUUUACACUGCAAACGCAAACAUUUGAAAUAACAUUUGAAAUUAAGGUAAAAAAGUAA